CGGCAAAGGGGCGGGUGGCGCAAUAUCAGAACUUUGUGACCCGGCCCUGGGAGCGUAUCCGGCUGCGACUUUGGCGGGUAGACAGAUUGGUAGCCCAGCGGAGAGUUAGUGCUGGUCCCUGGUGGCUGCUGCUAAAUGUAGUGAAAGCUGUGACUUGAUUCCUUCAGCAACCCAGUGCUGAGCUCCGCUGGUGCCCGACUCACUUUAGCGCAGUGAGGCCUCUGAAGAUCUAAAGUAGCAUGGAUCUGCCUGUGGAUGAGUGGAAAUCAUACAUUCUUCAGAAGUGGUCUUUGCUCCCAAAGUCCAUUCAAGUCACCAUUUCUACAGCAGAGACUUUAAGUGAAAUCUUUCUUCACUCCUCUUCACUUCUUCAACCUGAAGAUGAAAUGUUUUUGAAAAGGCUUUCUAGAGGUUACCUUGUGGAAAAGGACCCUGAUGCUACUCUUUUCUACAGAGAACAAGGAAACAAAAAAUUUCAGAAGAAGGAUUAUAUGGGAGCCACAGUACUGUACUCUAAGGGAAUAUCACAUUCAAGGCCGAACACUGAAGACAUUUCACUGUGUUAUGCCAAUCGCUCUGCAGCCCUUUUCCACCUGGGUCAGUUUGAAACAUGUCUUAAAGACAUCAUCAGAGCCCAGAUGCAUGGAUAUCCGGAGAGAUUGCAACCGAAGAUGAUGUUGCGUAAGGCAGAGUGUCUGGUGACUCUGGGGAGAUUACAGGAGGCAAGCCAAACCAUCAGUGAUCUUGAAAGUAACUUUAUUUCCAAACCAACUCUAGAGCCUACCCAGUUUCAGAAGAUGCAGAGAAAUCUCUGUCAUCUGAAAAUGAAGAUACAAGAAAAGGAGAAUCUCACAGAAACCUUCCCAGCAACUCUAACCAAAACCUUUGAGGAUAUGAACCUAAGGGAAGAAAAUGGACAAAUUUCUGGCGCCUCAUCAUCUGUUAGCUUACACACAGACCCUUUAAAAGGUCGCUAUCUGAUUGCCACAAAAGAUAUUCUCCCAGGAGAGCUCCUGGUGAAGGAGGACGCUUUUGUGAGUGUCCUUACCCCAGGAGAAAUGCCACCACUACAUCAUGGCCUAGAGAGCAAAUGGGAUACCACAAUUACCAAUGGGGACCUCUAUUGUCACCGAUGUUUAAAGCACACUUUAGCCACAGUUCCCUGUGAUGGGUGCAGCUAUGCCAAGUAUUGCAGUCAAGAGUGUAUGAUGAAGGCCUGGAAUCUCUACCAUAGUAUAGAGUGUUCUUUAGGGGGGCUGCUUCUUACACUGGGUGUCUUUUGCCACAUUGCCCUGAGAGCAACUCUUUUAGCUAGAUUUGAAAAUGUUGGCAAAGUCAUAAGUAAUCUUUGUGAUGAGAUUAAUGACAAGGACAUCUGUCUUCCUAAAAGCGAGCAUCUGGCAAAAAUUCUCAGUUAUGACCUGGGAAAGGAGAGUGAGAAAAGUGACAGAACAGCUGAGACCCCAAUUCCUGGAUGUGACAUUAAUGGAAAAUAUGAAAAUAAUUAUAAUGCUGUCUCCAGCCUUUUGCCUCAUACUGAAAACCACAGCCCAGAGCACAAAUUUCUCUGUGCUCUCAGUGUGACUGCACUGUGCAGGCAAUUGGAAGCAGGCAGUUUGCAGACCUUCACAAUGGAUCUGAAGUCCUCUAAACCUGAAGCAGCAGAACCUCCUGCCUUUUGUCCAGAGUUGACUAUUUGGGGAGUGGCCAUGCUGAAACACAUGUUGCAGUUACAAUGCAAUGCUCAGGCAAUAACCACCAUACAGCAAACAGGAUCUAAAGAGAACAUCAUUACUGACAGUUGGCAGGUACGCCUUGCCACAGGCAUCUUCCCUGUUGUCAGCCUCCUGAACCAUUCCUGCAACCCCAACACCAGCAUGUCCUUCAUUAGCACCAUCGCCACUUUACGGGCAUCAAAGCUGAUUGGAAAAGGUGAAGAAAUUCUCCACUGCUAUGGGCCUCACAAGAGCAGGAUGGGUAUUGCUGAAAGGCAACAGAAGCUGAAGUCUCAGUAUUUCUUCGACUGCAACUGCUCAGCUUGUCAAAAUGAGAAGCACAGAAUCACUGCAGGGCCCAGGUGGGAAGCAUUCCGUUGUAACAGUUGUCAAGCGCUUAUGCAGGGAAAUGAUGUGCUGAGCUGUGGCAACACGUCUUGUUCGGCGUCAGUCAGGAGAGAUCACCUGGUCUCUCGGUUACAGGACCUUCAGCUGCAGAUUGGGAUGGCCCAGAAGCUUCUUAGAAAUGGCAAACUAGAGCCAGCUAUUCAGCUAUUGUUGGGGUGCCAGCAUGAUGCUGAGAGCUUCCUCUCAGCUGAACACACGGUGGUAGGAGAAAUUGAAGAUGCCCUGGCCCAGGCCUAUGCUGCUUUAGGGAACUGGCAAAAGUCAGCUAUCCAUCUACAAAAGAGUCUCCAAGUGGUUGAGGUUCGCCAUGGUGCAUCCAGUGUUGAAAUGGGUCAUGAGCUCUUCAAACUGGCACAAAUCUUUUUCAAUGGGUUUGCAAUAACCGAAGCACUGAGCACAAUACAAAAGGCAGAAAAGGUUCUAUUGGUGCACUGUGGCCCUUGGAAUGACGAGAUCCAGGAACUACAAAAGAUGAAAUCCUGUUUAUUGGACUUGUCAUCCACCUCUGUGGGACCUUCCGUGUAGGGUGUGCCCAGGGGAACUUAAACCCACGGGAAAGGAACCCAUGGAAAUUAAAGAGGUUCUGUUGCUGGUGAGCUGUUACUGGGAACUAGAGGACUUGCCUAACUAUCAGUCUAGUGCUUGAGGGGAGGGAGGACUUGGAAAGUAUUGCAGUUAGAGAGAGACACUUGCCUGUUUUGAUGACUGUUUCCUGAAAUAGUUAACCACCCCCCAGUAAAAAUCCCAGUUCCCAGAAAAGAUGGAAGACUAGUCUCUGGAGAGCCUAAGCCCUUGAAAAGGAUGUCAACUGAUCUGCAGGCGUCUGCAUGUAAGCUGGGGUGUGGUUAGACUCCAUCUCACUACAUGAUGAUAGUCAGGUUCCCUGGAACAUUCCUGUGGCUUCUAGUAUUGAGGAAAUGUUGUGUACCACUCCAGGGGGAGCUUAAACUCUUAGUACUUGUGCUGUAAUUGAGAAAUAAUUAUAAAGCAAGAAAUCAGUGAGGCGCCUUACCCCCAGAGGCAUAGCUUCGUUUAUGGUAUCUAGUUUCCUUGACUCCUUUGUUAAAACUGGUAGAAUGUAGCAUUUCCCUGGUGGUGCAAUGGGUUAAGACGCAACCUAUGAAACUAUCCGCAGCCACUGUAGCACGAGUUCAAUCCCCAGCCAGGUAGCUACCCACAUGGCGCAGCAGACCUCUCCUGACUCGCCCGCUGCUCCCCUCAGCAGUGUACGUUGGUCAGUCUGCCUGUUCUGUUCCCCACUCUGUCUGGUGAAACACACACACACACACACACACACUGGCCUGUACCCCAGCUCUUGUAUACAUAAAUAAAUAAAUCUUAAAAAAAAAAACUGGUAGGGCCUCCCCGGUGGCGCAGCGGUUGAGCGCUGGGUUGCGAAGCUACCCGCGGCCUCUGCAGCGCCAGUUCGAUCUCCGGUUGCUCCCCGGCCACCGAAGGAGGGUCCCACAUAGCGCGCAGACCUCUCCUGCCGCCCGCUGCUCCCCUAAGCAGUGUACCUUGGUCCUUCUGCCUGCUCUGCUCCCCGCUCUGGCUCUGGUGAACUCUCUCACCCUCCCGCGCUUCUGACUGUACCCAGUGCAUGUAUAAACAAACAAACAAAUAAAACAUGCCUCUAUUAAAAAAAAAAAAAAAAAGUUUAAAAAAAAAAAAAACUGGUAGAGUGUAAAUUGUGAAUAGAGAAAUAAAUAUGGGGCCAUUUUACUGUUGGGCUGUUUCUUCCUGGGGUGGCAGCACUAAAUUUGUUUUCUACUGGUUCUCCAGUAAUUAUCUGGAUUUCAUUCUAUACUCUUGGCAGACUCACUGACCAAACAAUAAUAACAUCAAACUUAUAGCAAUGAUUUUUAACACAUGUGCCUGCUUUCUUUGUUUGAUUUAUGAGCAAACUUGAAAAGAGACUACUUUUUUUCCUACCAGAUAGCCUCCAAGCUGGCAGAUGCAAUACAUACUGUGUAAGUACCUGGGGAGGGAGGCUCAGAAGAUGCAUGGGCACCACCACUUCUGGUUUCAAAGUUUGAACAGAAAGUUGGGGCAUUAAUUCUCUUCCACGUAGAUAUUUAGCAAUAAUCUAGACCCUAUGCUAGUCAGAAGGCUGAGGUUCUCUGAGUCUCGACUCUGUUAUAUCACCACUGGUGACGAAGUGGUUCAGAUGGUUGAAAAGAAUGCCAAGUCCACACUGUUUCAAGAGCCCACCCACUCUGGCCAUUCCCAAAGAGGCCCCAUUGGUUGCCACAGAGUUAUAAUCAGGAAAUGAAUAACCCAGAAUUUGCCCGGCAGACUCUUUGGAAGCAGAGCUUUUGGAAGCCAGCACUCAAACAUUUGUUGAAUUAAGGGUAGACCGAAUUUCAUUAAUCCUCCUUCCUACUAAAUCACUGUGGCAAGGCAGUAGCCAGUGAGAUUUUUUGGUAGAGCUAACGUUUUCAAGAAAAGUAAUUUAGUCCUGUAGUUAUUCUGUUCUAGACACUUGUCAUAUUUCAUAUUCUUAAAAAAGGCUCUGCUGUACUUUGCAAAAUAGGCAUACUUCCUUAAAAGAAUAUAUUUAGAGAUUUGACAUACCCAGUCCCAUUUUAUAUCAACUUGAGAGCUUUCUUUAAAUGCUUCAUAAAACGAGGUAUUAUUUCCUGAAGUUAUAAAUGGUCUCCCUUACCAACCCAUGUGUUAUCCCAGAUUGUCAUAUGACGUUAGCUUGACUGGGGGAUAACUGUGCUUGCACUGAAACUUAGGGUCCGGACCCCUUACCUCCGACAUCGCUGUGGCUGAGCUGACCACCAUGAGGCAUGUGGGCACUGCCACACUGGCCUCACCUGUACCUGCUCAGUGUUUGUUCAGCAAUUUAAAGAGAAGAAAAAAAGGAAACAAAACUUAAAGUCUAGUUUUUUUUAAGAGUGUACUCCACUGAUUGUGAGGGCAGGAUGCCCUCCUGAAGGGAUCAGCGGUACUAGUAGAUAAACACCCUGAAGCAUUAUACAACAUAGAUAACCAAAAGUCUAAGUGGUGGCUGUAUGUAGAGUUUAGAUAGAAGCAGGUUGUCAGUAUGGGAGCAGCAGAUUCCUAAAGGGCAGUUUAUCUUCAUAUUAAACAACCUCACUUAGAAUACAAGGAGGAGAAAAGUAACACAAGUUAUGAAUACAGCACUUUUAUUGCAAAGUAUACAUUGAAACAUUAUAGAGGCAGCCUUCAUAUGAUUAUAAUAAACUGCCACCCUCUAGGAUUUUCUUCUUCUAGAGUAUUUUAACAUUAAACUGGGCCACUAAGUGCCCCUGGGGUCCAGAAUUUUACCUAUGAAGAGAAGGGCCCCUGUAUCCGUGUCCCUCAGUACAAAAAUAAAAGGUUGGUUAAGGUGAUAGUCCAGGGGGAAAGUGAGGCGGGCAGCCUGGAACCCCGGGCUGGGGCUGGUGCCUGCUCCAUCCUCACUCCACUCGAAGACAGCACGAUGUUCCACUUGAGUAAGCUUGAUAGGUUUGCCUGUGAUCUUGCUAAAGUCUGGUGAAUCAAACAAGGAUUGUAGCUCUGCAGAGAUUGAGAGAGUUUCAUUAAAACCAUGCCUUACCUAACACCCCAUGGAAGAGUACAGUCCUGAUUUUUUUUAAAAAAAUUUACUUUCAUUUAUGCAUAUAAGAACUGGGGUGUAGGUCAGAGGUGCGGGGGGUAAGAGGAUUCACCAGAGACAGAAUGGGGAGCACAACAGGAGGAUCUACUGAAAUACAUUGCUGCGGGGAGCAGCAGGUGAGACAGGAGAGGUCUGCUGUGCCAUGUGGGUAGCUCCCUGGCCAGAGAUCGAGCUUAUGCUGCAGUGGCUGCAGAUAGCUUCAUAGUGCUGCAACUUAACCCCUUGCACCACCAGGGAGAACCCCUAGUCCUGAUUCUUAACUUUAAGAUUUUUAUUUAUGCAUAUAAGAGCUGGGAUACAGGCCAGAGGUGUGGGGAGUGAGAGGAUUCACCAUAGACAGAGUGGGGCAGACUGACUGAAAUACACUGCUGAGGGGAGCAGCAGGUGAGUCAGGAGAGGUCUACUGUGCCAUGUGGAUAACUCCCUGGCCGGCGAGGGAUCGAACUCAUGCUACAGAGGCUGCAGACAGCUUCACGGUGCUGUGCUCUACCCCUUGUUCCACCAGGGAGGCCCCUGAUUCUUAACUCUUGAUUCUCAAGAUGAUAAGCAAGCUAAAAGUAGGACACAACUUGUGCUCUUUUGUGAGGUGUAUAGAGCUCUGGGUUAAGGUUUAAGUGACUUGCCCAAGAACAUAUAGCCAGAUUAGACCAGUCUUGAGAGGCAAUGUCAUAGUUCCUGUUACAGGAAACUUGCUCAUGGGGCUGAGAAAUGAGUCUGAUAUGGAAGACAGUUCAGAGUUCCCCUCCAGCAUUAUCAGAAUUAAGCGAUCAUCUCUGGGCUCCGUACAAGGCCAUGAGGCCCUUGAGCUCAGCUUGGCAAAGUGGAAGGCCUAAAGACUUGAUCCCGCCUACCCCAAGAGCCUAAGGGUCUUGCAAACAUACUCAUCUCUUGCAGGGACUUGGUGACUUCGCCUUCGAAACUCAGCUUCAGCUUAGGAAUGGUCAGAACUGCUUGAACAGUCUUCAGUUCUCUGUCUAUGUCAUGAAUGAACUCAGCGGUGAGGCUUUCUUCUAUCAGUGUCAAGUUCUGGGUCACUUUCAGAGGCAGGAAGAAGAUAAUACUCAUGCUUCCAGUCAGAGGCAGCUGGGCAAUCUGAAACAACAGGGAGGAAAUGCAUGGUUACUCCUGAGGCACACCCACAGCCCCAAGCUGCCUUCUCUUCUCAGGUAGUGCCCUGGCCUUGCUUUCCCUGCCCCAAUCUAACAAUUGCCCCUCAAGGCUACUGUUUUGGGGCCACAGGACAUCUACUGAUAUUCCUCCCCAAAGUAGGCUGUUGCAUUUCUGACCUCAGCCUAGAGGUAAGAAAGCAUUUUCUCCUGUGGUUCUAAGGAACUAGAACUGAUUUCCAGGGUUAUGUUUUCUCCCAAGGUUUGUCUGCCGACAAUUUUCAAUCAUCUGUUACGUAUAGAGCCCUGGGCUAGAAAAGCAGGUGUUGCGCACAGCAACACAGAAGCAUAAAAUGAGUCUUAUGAACAAAGGUUCUUAACCUAAGGUUCAUGGGACAAAUGGUAUCAGGGGUCCCGGUAAUCAUAUACAGAAGUAUGUGCAUGUGUUCACAUGCAUUUCCUUUUGUCAGAUUCCUAAAAAAAAAGAAGAAGAACUACUGACUUAGAAUUAAAAGUAAGUCAGGUGUAUGUGAAAGACUUAGAAUGCCACUACUUUGGCAUUUGUGAUGGGUUUUGAACAUUUGGCAGAAAGAGAAUAUAAAGGAAAGUGGAAGACAAGAAAUCAUCGACAUUUCUCAUUACCUUUUUAAUCCUUAUAGAAACCCUGAAAGGAUAAGUUUAUCCCCUUUCAUUUUAAGAAGACAGGGCGGCUAUUAGCUUGCUGAAAAGAACUGAGCACUAAAAUUUGACAGAUGUCGAGUCUCAAGGGUCUCAGAGUCCAUUCUAUUCCCACUACACUAUUCUGUCUUGUCUCUGUCCUUGCUCCCCACCUACCACCCACCCCACCCCUACAGACCUUGCAACUGAGAUCAGAAUCCAAGCCAUAGCGUAAAAGGGCCUUAGGGUCUGACAUCAUGGGGACUCUUACAGUCCUCUCCUCAUCCAAGUGGAAAUCAGCCAGGGAAGUCUUUCUGGAGUCAAACUUGGUUACCCACUGCCCUGGAAUGAAACAAAUGGAGUGUCCUGAGCUCCAGAAGACCAGAUGGGCAGUGGAACAAGGAUGUCAAUGAAACUUGCCUACAUGGCUAAAGGAAUCUUAGUAACCAGGGGUCCUGACACGCCAAGGAAUAGCUUUAUCUCAGAAUGUGUGGGCUGACCCGUAAUAGUCUAGGAUCCUGGAUACCAUCUGCAAAUGAACUCAGAAGGAAAUAUGUUGAUUUUAUCAAUUUGAAUGUCUGGGUUAUACAAAUUCUAUAAUAGACCAGAAGAAGGUAAACAGGCGUAUACUUCUACAGUGGUGUGUAUGGAAGAUAGGAUCAAAGGAGGUCAGAGCUAGAAAGGUCCUUGACAUCAUCUUAUCCCCCUCUCAGAUGAAAAAGCACUGGAGCCCAGAGAGGUGAAGCAGCCUGCCAAUGCUCACACAGUGUGGUGAUGACCAAGCUUCUUUAGUUUAAGGUGGCCUUUAACAUGCUGGUCUGUAACUGCCUCUUUCGUUCCCUGGAGAUCAGUGCCUCAAGUAGGAAGGCAUUGGGCU